UAUUAAAUAUUAUAUAUAUUAAAGUAUAAUAUGAAAAGGUGGGCAAACUUUUCCAAAAUAAUAUGCUGUAUAUCAAACAUUUGUGAGACACCUUCUGGGGAUCUACUUAUUAUAGACGAAGCUAAUGUGGAAGCAAAGUAGCUGGAUAAGGACUUUAAGGUGAUGACCUACUAAAAGCUGCCUAGCAAACCAAUGUCCAUGUGCAGCAUUGACGGCGGUGUGGUGGCUGUUGCUCUAUACAACAGUGAGAUCCAUUUCAUCAGAGUGACCAAAGCUGGUCGGCAAGUGCAGGAGAGAAAACUGAAACUAGAACAUGAUUGUAGAAGUAUUGCUCACAACCAGGGCUUCUUGUAUAUCACAUCAGGUAUGGCACUACACCAAUACACUGUUUGCGGGAGACUGGUGAGCACAAUUCACGUGGAUAAGUCACUUAGGGCAACAGGUGAAGCCUGUGUUUUCAACCCAUAUGAGAGCGCCGAGGAGAGAGUCAGACUCGCUGCUGGGAUAGACAAUUACUAUCAUUACCACCGUUCAGUAAAUUCCUGUGUGGUCAGCCCAGAUGGGACCAAUUUAUAUGUUUUCCAUGGGUAUAAACUGAUCACACUUUCCAGGGAUGGCACAGUGAUCAACAAACUAGCUUUCUAUCCUGAAAGUGAAGAUAUGUACUGGUAUUCCAUUGUAUACUUCAAUACCGUCAGACCUGCAAAUUUCCUCCACAUAACAGACUCUGGUCAAGUUCUGGUAUGUCGAGCUCUAUCAAACGGGAUCUGCCAGGUUGACAGUGGAGGGAGGCAGAUACGGGCAGAUGUGGUCACAGAGGAUAUGGUUAGAUCCCCAUUAUCUGUCUUCUAUAGUAAACACAGAGCUGCACUGAUUGUGGGAGUGUUAGACAGUGAUUACAUAAUGGUGUUCAAAACUUGAAGAUUUGAUGGUAUUUUAGGUUUCAACUAUUUAAAACAGGCAACAGUUUGUUUUUUUUUAGGGAAAAACAGUUUUCUAACGAAGAAAAAUGGCAACUCAGACUUCGGAUUGGCAACUUUUUUUCUAUAGUGCAAUUGGUUGAUAACUUGAAUAGUGUGGUAUCAAUAGUAUUAUUUGAACUUUAAGGGUAUUAAACUGCACGUAACACAUAUUUAAAUACGGUAAUAAAUAUAACUUAAAUAUUGAUGAAUUGGUAUAUUUUGUAUAAAAAUCCUGUAACAAAAUUGAUUGUAAUUGAAGCUAAUGAAGGUUGUAUUAGGAAAAUUGUGUAAUAUUAUGUUUUAUAUUUGAAACUUUAUAAUAUAAUAUUGAUGUUGAUAUUGUGAUGUUCCCUUAUAUGUGUAAGGAUUUAUUUAUUUGAGAGAAUCAAUGUUACAAUUUUAUUAUCAAUUGAAAAUUUUAAAUAGUUUAAUAUAUAAUCUGACAGCUUAAUUUAGGAAUAUAUGUGUUAUUUUUAUUUUGUACACGCAUACAAAUGACUGUUUUGUAAGUUUUCUAUGUUAUAAACAACUCAGUAAAUAUCUCAUUUUUAAAUGGGAACUAUAGCUUAAGUUUAAAAGAAAUGUUUUAUACUUUAUUGUGUGAAUACCAAUAAGAAAUUGAAAAUGUCAGACAUAUUAGCACACAUUAGCUCAACAUGUUCAUUGGUUGUGAACAUGGUGAGCUUUUGUGUCGCUUUUGUGUAGCUUUUGUCCGUCUUUUGUCGUCUGCCAUCCAUUGCCAACAUGUCAGCAUUUACCUUGUUAGUACUCUAGUGGACACAUUUAUUGUCCGAUCUUCACGAAGCUUUUAAAAUUCCUUAGUCCUGGAGCUCUUAACAGACAUUUUUUUUUUCCCGAUAUGUAUUUUUUAUGCCCCCGAAUCGAAUGAUCGGGGGUAUAUUGUUUUUGGCCUGUCUGUCUGUCAUUGUAUGUGUGUGUCUGUCCCAAAACUUUAACCUUGGUCAUAACUUUUGCAAUAUUGAAGAUAGCAACUUGAUAUUGGGCAUGCAUUUGUAUCUCAUGGAGCUGCACAUUUUGAGUGGUGAAAGGUUAAGGUCAUCCUUCAAGGUCAAAGGUCAAAUAUAUGGCUUCAAAGCGGCGCAGUAGGGGGCAUUGUGUUUCACAAACACAGCUCUUUUUAUGCCCCCCUUCGAAGAAGAGGGGGUAUAUUGCUUUGCUCAUGUCGGUCGGUCCGUCGGUCCGUCCACCAGGUGGUUGUCAGACGAUAACUCAAGAACGCUUGGGCCUAGUUUUAUCUUAAAAACAAUCUAUUGAAGAAUUGGCCAUGUUUGCCUAAUACACCCUCUACAUAUAUAUAUGCAAUUUAAGUACAGUGAAACCUUUUUUUACUGAAAAAAGGUUAGCAAUUUCUUACAUUUAUUUCAAAUUUUCUAGAUUAAAAUAAAGCGUGCUUUAGCUGGGGGUUAAAUGGAAAAUUCCAAAUUCCUAUAAUAAUAAUAGAUGGGCGUAAUUUCCAAAAACUUGGCUUUAGACAGCUUCUGUGAAUUUAUAAGUUGAGCACACAAACUUCAACUAGCUUUUGUUAAUUUAAAUACCAUAACCAUUUUUUCCCACUUGAACCAGCUUUACUACUAAAAGAUACGGAAACCCCAA